AUGUCCGAACAAGACAUUUCUCGCCAUCUGGACUCCGCGAAGAGCCAGGUCUCGGAGCUCCGCUCUCAAGUUGCAAUCUUCCAGAAGGAGAUCAAACGUAAGGAGAAGCGUCUGGCGAAGGCUACAUCCAAUUCAGCAAAGCUCGAAACCCUGCUCAUGCAAACGGAGAGUGAGGCCGAGGUGCUGCGAGCAAAAUGUGCCCACACGGAGACAGCCGUUCUCGACGCCAAGCGAGCAGAAGCCGACCUUGUGUCCAGGCUCGAAGCCACUGCCGCUCGCUUUGACGGCGAACGAGGCCAUCUUGUUGCGAAAAGCGAUCAACUUGCAGACGCUCUUGCGCAAAAGCUGGACCUGAUUGCCCGCCUGGAGAGCAAGGUCGCCGAGGGCCAGAAGCAGGUUGAGGAACGGGAACAGGAAUUUGCCCGUAUUCAAGAGGAAUAUCGAGUUCGCGAGAAAGAGGCUCUGCGAAACCUUGCUUCCCAGGAGGACCUCGUAUCAAGCCUCCAGUCAAAACUUGAAGAGACCAAUCUGGCCCACGAAGCAGCGGUUGUGCAGGUAUCCGAAAAGUACAAACUUGACCAACACUUACAGUCUCGGACUACGGAAGAAUGCAAUAUACUACGGACAAAGCUUGAAGACGCAAAUAUUUCUAUUCACAAUUUACAGCUUCGUCUCAAAGAGGUGCAACUUGAUAACGAUUUAGAACGUAGUAAUCUUGAGAAUGACUUGCAAUCGACGGAAUCAGAGGUAGCUCAAUUGCAGAGCUCGCUUGACGAAAAGUCAAUUCAAAUCUCUUCUCUCAAAGCUGGCGCCGCAGAGACGCAGGCUGUUCUCGAAAAUACCAAGCAAACGCUCCUCGACAGCGAAAAUAAGUUGGAGAGCACCCAGGCGUCGUUAGCAAAGCUCCAUGCAGAGUUGGAGAACAUCAAUUCCACUAGCGACAGUGAACAAGUACGUCUCAAAACGGCUCUCACUGCAAAGAGCGAGGAAGUCUUAGAAAUUGAGAAGCUCCAUACAGAUGAGGUCUCUAGACUUCAGAACCAAAUACAGGAGCUAUCACACAAAUCUGAAGGCCUUCAACAGCAAUUACUCGGAGCACAGGAGGAAAAAACGGCAGUCUUGUCAAGGCUCGAAGCCUCUCAGAAUGCAGUUCAGGGUCUCCAGAGAUCACUCUCAGAAUCGGAAGCGUCCUGGAAUGAACAAGUACAUUUGCUCAGAGUUCAGAUGGAGCAAAAGGAGUCUGAAGUUGGGGAAGAGAAAGAUGCUGCCAUGUCUUCGCUCCAAAGCGCCCUAGAUCACUCUCAAAAAUCUUUGGAGAUACUGAAAAAGGAUUUGAAGGAGCACGCGAAUCAUCGCGUCUCUCUAGAACAGCAAUUGCAAGAUCUACAGGAGGAAAAAGAAACAGAGCUGGAGCUCCUCAGGAACUCUAUCAGCAAGUCUCGUAAAGAAUUUACUGCUCUUGAGGGGUCCUACAAAGUCGUCCAAGCCAAACUCCACGAAGUGGAAAGCAUCUCCGCUCGGACGAUAUCGGAGCUGAGGAAGCAAAUGGACGAAGCAUCAGAACAAUCAGAAGCAGCAACGUCAGAAUGCGUCGCACAUCGAAGCAGGCUAUCAGCAAUAGAACAAACGUGCCAAGAGCAACACCGCCAGCUCGAAAGUUUGCAAACAGAUAUAGCGCAUCAUGUAACCCGUGAAGCAGAAUGCCAAGCCAAAUUGGAGAAAUUCGACGAAGAAAAAGCUGCAUGGACGAAGAAGUCCCUGGUCUAUCACGAAACAAUCUCGAAAUUGGAACAAGAGAAAGUGCAGGUUGCCGAAUGCCUCGGCUCUAUUUACAAAGAAAGGGACGACAUUACAGCCUGUGUUGAAGAAUUGAAGCUUGACGCCGUCGCUUCCAUUCAAAACGCUCAGGAUGAUGCUAGCGAGCACAUUUCUGAUUUGCAUGCUUCCAAUGAAGCUCUAAACGAGGAACUGGACAAAUUGAGAGCGGAAGGUGAAAGCAAGGAGAAAUUAAUUGCAGUCACACGAGAAGAACUUGACGAUUCUAGACUCGCGUCGAGGGAGACACAGGAUCGAUUGAACGAAAUUUUGAAGAUGAAGGAUAAUUUUGAGAACACGCAGCAAAAACUUCGUGAUACGGAGCUGAAGCUAGCAGAAAUGCGUGCGCAGGUUGGACUCUCGUCGAAAGCACGGGAGGGUGAGCAAAUCGCUUUGAAGCAAGAGAUUGAGCUGAAGGACUCAAACAUGAAGGCGAAGGAUACGCGUCUACAACAGUUAAACAACAAUUUGAAGGAGAUGCGCACUCAGAUGGAAGACUUGGGAGCUGAGAACUCCAAGCUUAGGGCAAAUCUUGUUCAAUCUGACAAGCUGCUGUCACGUGCAGGAGAUGAAAACCAAAAGUUCAUUAGAGCAUUUUCCCAAGCCCAAGGCGAAUUCUCAGAAACGUUAGCAUCCGCCUCUGAGGCACUGAAAAAGAGCCAGAAGUCGGAGGAGGAGUCCAGAACAGUCUUUCAGCUUCUCGUCGAGAGACUUUUCACCCUGAACAUUAACAACGGUCUCACGAAAGUCAUGCCGCAGUCUCUGCCGCAUUCACCAACCAAAUUGCAGUCUCAAAUCAACUCGCAUAUUGUGGAGCUUGAGGAACACUUGCAGGCUGAGCGAUAUCUUGAAGCAGAAUUGGCCACCAUUACCAAAGAACUUGACCACCAGAGAAAGUUGAACGAAGUCUCGUCAGAUAACUAUAGGGAGUUGGACCGCGUCCUCAACGAAACUAAGGAGGAGCUCGAGCAAAAGAGGAAGGAAAUUAAAAUGACUACUUCUCGCGAAAAAGAGCUUCAAGAGCAAUUGCACAGCUUACACAAUCAGCUUGGUAUUGCUGAGGAGAAUGGGAAGACCUUGCAAGAAGAAAUUGCUUCUCUUAAGUCAAUCGCAAGUACAACAAACGAGGGCUCUGUGAAGAAGGAUGAGGAAAUUGCCGAACUUACGCGGCUGGAAGCAGAGUCAAACAACCGUGCUCAGCAGUUCCGUGAUCUUGCUGAGAUCGCGGACCAAAAACUUGCUCAGCAAGAGAGGGCCGCCGAAGUAGCAUUGAUUUCUGUGCAGGGGCGACAAAAGGAACUGGAGUCUGAAGUCGAGAAAUCUGAAAAUGAUCUGGCUAUGAUGUCAGCGAAGCUCAAUGACGCAUGCCUGGAAAGGAAAUCUAUGACGGUCGAACUUCAGUCCCUUGGUCAGACACACCAUGCCCUGAUUGUCUCCUAUAUUUCUGAAAAGCUGGGAUGGGUAGAAGACAGGAACAAAUCUCAGACAGAGUGGGAAGAAUUAGAGCGAUCGCGAAGGGCCCUUGAGACGUCGCUGUUGCAUUCCGUGAACGAAAUACAAGCUCUGAACGCUGAUAUUGACGUCCGGAAUCAAGAGGUCGAAACGCAGAGAGGCGAAAUUCAAGAAAAAUUGCGGUCUGCUUUGCAGCUCGAACAAGCCAAGGCUGCUCUUGAAGCAUCACUGGCUGAGAAAGAGGGUUUCGUGCAAAAGUAUGCUGGUGAGGUUAACGAUCUGAAGAGUAUAGUUUCAUCGCUAGAGGCAGAAAAGAUUUCGUUGAUUAAUGGUCAUGUCACUGAGAUCAGAGAAGCAACCGCGACGUAUGAGAAGAAGUUCAGUGAAGCGUCCAAGGCCGAAGACGAAAAGAUCCGUUCUCUACGAUCGAAGCUAGAAGUCGCUGAAGGCGAGUUGGAUGCCGGUCGGCGAGAGAGCCAGCAAAAACAGGAGAAGACGGAAGCAGAACUGAAGGAGAAGAACGCGGAAGUUGUUUCAAUCAGGAAGAGAUUUGAGGCUGCUAAAAAUGCACACGAACUCGCACUUAUCCAGAAGAAGGAUUUGGAAGAUGAAUUGCAUCGCCAACAGGAAGUUUACGAUGAGAGCAACGUGACGAUUGAAAAACUCCGCGAGGAUCUGUCAUCAAAAAUCAGCUUGGCGACUAGGCUAAAGGACAAAUUGGGCUCAGCCGAUGUUUCCAUCGCCGCUCUAGAAGCAAAUGUGCACUCUGCCCAGGAAACCAUUGUGAAAAACUCCACCGAGAGUGCUGCUACUGUAGACGAAUUGCUCGGGAAACUCACCAUUCAGCAAACGGAGUUGAACGAGGCAAUUAAAUCCAGGCGACAAAGUGAAUCCGCAGCAGAGCACAGUCAAGGACAAAUCGAGAGGCUGCAGGUGCUUGUUGAGAAAGUGAAGAAUGAAUCCGACGCCGCAAAAGAGGAAGCACGUCGUCUCAAAACAGCGCUGAGUGAUGGUGAGUGCAACGUAGCGGCUGCAAAGGAGAUGUACGAGGCGCAAACAGAGGAAAUCAAACGGACCUGCGCGGAGCUCUCUUCUAAGAACGAAAUGGUGAGGGAAGAAUUGGAGUCUCGAAAUUUGCAACUACAAGAAAUGCGCGGCAAGCUACACGCAGCAGCAGCUCAACUUGAAAUUGUCACGGAAGACUCCUCGCGCAUGGAUAGCGAACGGGCAUCUCUCAAGGCAUCGAUUGCGAAGCGUAACAUAGAUGUGCAGGAGCUCAGGUCUGCGCUGCAAGAAGCCAGCAAUAAUCUUGCGGACAAAGUACAGUCUUUACAUAAGGCCAACACCGCCAUCUCGAAGCUUUCCGAACAAAUCGAAUCAACCUCAAGAGACAAGGAAAACACUAGCGCAGAAACCGUUUCAUCUGACGCCCUCGCGCGAAAAAAUAUCGACCUCCAACAGCGAAGCGGAAAAUUGGCAAAGCGCUCAGAGAAUCUCCAACGAAGCCUAAAGAGGCUCGAAAAAAUGCUUGCUGGAGAGAGACGCAAGAAUAAGGCAAUGAAGAAUGAGAAGAUGAAGCGGCAAGUAUCUCCAAGCACGAAAGGACUGUCACCUGCUAUGAAACGUAGUCGGGAUCUAGAACGACGACAACCCUUCUCUCCUGUUGCGGCGAACGCACGGCCGCCGAGGGACCCGAAACUAUCCGGGAAGAAUUUAGCGUUUUGA